GAGACAGCGUCAGGUCAGCACAGCGGUUACGCGAGAAGUGAGAGUGUAGUGCGUGAUACAGUAGCAGUGCAGAGAUGCCGGCAGACGUUAUGGAUGCGCUGCAGUUCGAUCCGAAGACAUUGUCACUGAGUUUAAAACGCGUGCCCGUCCCGAAAGUGAGUCACGAUACCGAUGUCCUCAUCAAAGUAGCGUUUGCCGGUUUUUGUGGGAGCGAUUUGCACAUGCUGAAGGGCCAACAUCCUUGCAUUGACACACCGUUCACUCUAGGACAUGAAUUUAGUGGGACAGUAGUUGAUGUAGGAAAAGCAGUACACCAUGUGAAAGCUGGAGACAGAGUUGCAGUGGACCCCAACAGAGGCUGUGGUGCUUGUCAGUUCUGUUCUGUUGGAGACUAUACUCACUGUGUACUUCCAAAGAAAUAUUCAGGAGUGGGAUGCUUUCGUGAUGGUGGUUGGGCAAAUUACUGUGUGAUACCUGCUGUACAAGUUCAUAAAUUAACUGAUGACAUAAGUCUACAGCAAGGUACACUGGUGGAACCACUGUCAUGCAUUUGCCAUGGAUGGGAUCGCAUACAACCUAUCAGAGUGGCUUCACGCAUUUUAGUAAUGGGUGCAGGCAUUAUUGGAACUCUCUGGACAGCAAUGCUACAUGCUAGAGGUUACCAAAAUGUGACUGUGAGUGAGAUGGUAGAGCACAGAAGAAAUGUAGUUGCUAAAUUAGGUACAGGAUGUGAAGUCAUCAGCCCUGCUGAACUAAAACAGCGUAUGCAGAAAGAUCCAUCAUAUAAAUUUGAUCUUAUUGUUGACUGCAGUGGUGCCAUACCGGCCUUAGAAACAGCAUUAGAAAUGCUUAAUGAUGGUGGAAAGCUGCUCCUUUUUGGAAUGCCUCCUAUGGAAGCCGAAGUCAAGUGGAAGCCAUUCCUGAUAAUGAUGAAUGAAAUUUCUGUUGUUGGAACCCAUGUCAACCAGUGGAGUUUCCCAGAAGCAAGGGCAAUGAUGAGUGUUCUUGGACCAAAGUACAUUGAUUACCAGAAACUUGGAGUCAAGAUCUUCUCUCUAGCUGAUUAUGAGCAAGCAAUAGCCGAAAUGAAAAGUGGCACAAUCUCAAAGGCAGUUUUCAAGAUUUCACCAUAAGUACUUUACAGCGCUGUUGUUUUUGCUACAUUCUGAUCUUGUAAUUUUUUCAAAAAAAUCCUGGUUACUGAAUGCUUUAUUUAUUGUCUGUUUUGGCCACUACUGUGACUGAAUCAAGAUUCUGAACGCCACUACUCUCCAAGUUUGGGGAACUUCUCAUGAUAUCAAUUUAAAAACAGCAGGGAUCAGCUGCACUAUAGUUUGUUCAUCAUUCCAUAUGAAAAAUCACAAAAAAAUGAUGUACUCAUGAUGAAUAGUUACUCCAACAGAACUAGAAAUUUUGUAUGCUGUAGUGAACUGUUGAUGAAUAAAAUAUUGCUGUUCUUUUAAUAAACAUUUACUUACACUUGUG